AUGAAUGGAAGAAUUGGCGAGCCAAUUCCUUGGCCUCUUUGCUUUUUGAGAACCGUUCAGCCAGCCAUUUCUGCAGAUGCAAGCAACAAAAAGGAUAUAGUCGCAGAGGGUCGCUUAGCAAAAUCGGGGCCAAGAGAAGAGUGGCGAUUGUUCAUGUUGCAGGUCGGCACUCGUUCUCGGAGCAGCGCCGGGAUGCGUUUCAUGAAACAAAGAUCGAUGGCGUAA